AUGCACGCGCUGUUGGGGGAGAGUUCACUGGCGUUGGAUCUGUGGACCAAGUGCUUGAGACAAGACCCAAAGUUCUUGGUCGCGCAUUUCUUGAAAGGAAGUCUGCGGGCACAGCAGUGCCUUCCUGACCUGGCGCUGGCCGAGUUUUUGACCGUUCGCAAUCAACUGCCAGCCUACCCCCACGUUCAAAUGAGCAUUGGGUACUGCUACUACCUUCAAGGAAAUGUUAAGCGGGCCGUGGUCGAACUCACCGAAGCAUUGGCCCAACACCCGGCCGACACGGACGCGUGGUACACCCGCGGCGUCUGCCUGCAAGAGCUCCUGGCGCUCCCCACCGCCAUUUUGGACUUUGGCCGCGUUGUCGCCCUCCAACCCACCCACUGGCGUGCGUGGUAUCAGAUUGGCGGGGCGUUGCGGUACUUUGAAUCGAUCGUGUCAAUCAAGGACACGUAUGUAAGUCCAGCGAUUGAAGCCAUGAUCGACCUACACAAGUGCAAAGAUGCUCGGAGUAUCGACGAAAAGGUAUUUCUGUGCCAUCAACUGCUCAGCCAGCGCGCCGUGCGGUUCAACGAAGUGUACAUGCUCCCGUUCGAAGGAUACAAGGACAUGUCGGCGUGCAUCGCUUAUUACCCCCACGACAUGGACAUGUACUGGUACCGAGGCCAUCUGCACCAGCGCUACCACAACUAUGACGCCGCCAUCGACGACUUGACUUCAUGCAUUCUGCUGACAUUGCACUUGGGCAAACCCAAAGGCGUCCACUUGCAGAGGUACAAAAAGAUGGUCCUGGCUCGUGCGACCCUGUACACCCACGAAAUGCAGUGGGAGUUGGCGCUGGACGACUUGAACGAAGUGCUGCACUAUGCCCUUAAAGACAAUCACGUCGAAACUUCGUUUCUAUUACAUGUAUACGACAAGCGAUGCAAAGUACUUGUAGCGCUAAAGCAAUACGAUGCCGCGAUUGUGGAGAUGGAAAGUGUGCUGGAACUGUCCAAAGACCACGUUGAAUGGAACGACAAUUCGCUGGUGAAUAUGCUUUUGCUCGCAAACUUGCACUGCCACGCGGCCAUCGAGUUUCAAAAACGGCAUCAAGUGGGCAUGUACACCACGUGGAGAAUGCACGCGCUGUUGGGGGAGAGUUCACUGGCGUUGGAUCUGUGGACCAAGUGCUUGAGACAAGACCCAAAGUUCUUGGUCGCGCAUUUCUUGAAAGGAAGUCUGCGGGCACAGCAGUGCCUUCCUGACCUGGCGCUGGCCGAGUUUUUGACCAGAGGCAUGUGCCACCUCUUGCUCAAAGACUACACGAGUGCUUUGUAUGACUUUGGCAAAGCCGCCCCGCACCUCCGAGACGGUCACGCCGCUGUCGGGUACAUCCACUUUUGCCGCAAAAUGUACCCCGAUGCCAUCGACGCGUAUUCGAAAUUCUUGGACGAACGAUCGAACGACGCCAAGGUCUUGCUGUACCGUGGCUUUUCGCUGUACAUGCACAACGAGCGGUCGCUCGCCAUGCGCGAUUUUGAAAAAGCGCUCAAAGUCGACGCAGCGUGCUGGUUUGGGCAUUUUAUCCGAGCGUUCAUCUACCAAGAACAAGGCCACGGAGACAAAGCGAUGGCCGCAAUCGGUCAGUGCAUCGACCAAUUUAAGCACGUGCGGCCGUUUGCCGAUACGAUUGAACCAGUCCACUCGGACCGUGCUAACCCGUUCUUUGACGGGCGAUUGGAUGUGACACUGGACAAGCUCAAAGGCCUGAUCCUACCGCAGCCUCGAAACAACAAACAAUAUCCCCAGAGCAAUGCAAGUCCACCGCUGAUUGGCGGGACCACGGCGGCGGCAGGGGACCACCGACGUCGCCUUCGCGCGAUGUUUCUCAGAGCCGUGCGCCGCGUCCUAUUUCAAUCGCGAGUCGUGUUUGCGCUCGAAAAAUGUGCGUUCAAAGCUACGUCGGCCAGCAUCACACUGUCCAAACAAUUGGACAAACUCACGGAAAUGCACCCGAUUUCUCCGCCCCAAGGGACGUUCACUCCUGAUUCCGUGGCGUGGGCGUAUAAUCUCAUGGGGGUGUUGUCUGCGAGCCAGUUCAAGUGGGAAGAAGCUCUGCGGAACUUCACCAUGGCUAUCCGUGCGGCCCCAACCAAGCCCAUUCCACAUCUCAACCGGGGCAACGUGUACAUGCAAAUGAACGCCAUCGAUAAAGCCCUGCAUGAAUUCCGCGAAGCGCUCAAGGUCGACCCGACACACGCGGCCACGAUGACCAACACGGCGCUGGCAUUGCGGCAGCUCGGCCAGUUGGAAGAAGCGUGCCGGCACUUGUACACGGCGGCGACGCAGGCAGACGACAAGCCCUCGACGGACCAGCACCGGCAAUUAGUGUACUACGCCCUGGCCAACGUCAUUCGGGAGCUCAAUCGCAACGACGAAGCCAUUGAAUGGUACACCAAAGCCGCCGCCGCAAUGGACACCUCAAGCCAGGACACGACUCAAACUCGAAUGGAUCAUGUCAAGUUGGCCGUGUACCACAACCGAGGAUCUACCAUGCAUACCCAGCUCAAGUUUAAGCGAGCGUUGGACGACUACUCGAUGGCGCUGGCUCUGCAGCCACAGUCAUUUGCCACUCGCAUGAACCGAGCCGCGCUGUUCAUUUCCACGUCCAAGUGCUACCAAGCGAUCCAGGAUUUGCGUGUUGCCACGUCAUUGAACCGCGACUCGGCCACGGGCCACCGACUUUUGCGGUUCUGUGAACGCUGGGCGAGUGCGCUCAAGGUGGCGUGCCACGACUUUUUCUAUGCAUUUCAUGCGUUUCCAUGCUUCCAUGACAUCGACAUUGCAUCGACUACGCCCUUCUUGGACCUGCACAUGUUUCGCUUUCAGCAGUUGAGCCAUCCAAACCACCCGUCGCUUGAAGCGUUGGAGGCCAUGCUAAAUGCGAGCGAGUCACCAGACUUCCCCGACAUGAUGUGGGAUGCGUUGGUACACACCCAGCGUGGCAACUUUGCCGACGCACAGCGGGCGCUGCUGAUUGCCAAGUACUCGACGGGCACGAGUGUGGCCGAGGAACAAGCUUGUCUGGUGUGGAGCGCCCAGAUUGCCCACCACUUGGGGGACAUCCCGACUGCGAUUGCAUCGGUGGAGCAGGCGUUGCAGCGUGGACGGACCACCUCGUCGUCAUCCGCCAUCACCGCCCCCAACCAUGUCGCAAGUGAUGUACGCGGAGGUGGAAUACCCGCAGAAGAACCAAGGAGGGAUACGGACGAUGACCAAGUGCAGAGCAUCCAGUCUGACUUGGAAACGUAUCUCGGGUGCCUCUGGCGCCUACAUGGACACGUGGUGGACGCCACUUCGGCCUUCCAGCGAGCAAUUGCGCACCGUCCGUCCAACUUUAUCGCACUUUUCAAUGCGGCAAGUGUGUACCUCCACGAGGGCAAUUACUCGUGCAUGCUGGACGUGCUGUUUCAAAUCAUCAAUGUCACGGUGCAUGCGCUGGACAAACUAGACAAACCAAUAGUACCGACUAUACCAACGUCCACGGCGCCGUUCCUGUACAUGCCCCACGACUUUGCGACGACGUUUUCACGCGUGUCGGUGCUUGCGGGCCCGACGGUGUUGCCUGUACGUUGUUGUUGGUAGUAUUACUACUACUCUGCUAGUACUAGUAGUACUAGUUGCGGGCUCAAUGGAUGGAAUAGAUUUGCCGAGCCAUUCAAAGUGUGAUGGACGAGUACCGUGGCGGCAUGACGUGCGAUGUGGCCAAGCAUGUCGGUCGUCUGUGUGUGCUCCAAGGCCAACUGGCCACACACGUCGAGGCGUUGCGGGAUGCAGUCCAGCCGACGGCUUCGAAAGUCACCGGUGAACUGCCGUCGCCCCGACCUCUGGCGCGAACCGCCACCCGUCGCAGUCUCCGCCUUCGCUCAGCGUCGCGACGCUCGUUCAAACCUGAGGACGUCAAGACGUUGAACCUGGAAGACUUCAACGCUGCGAUUGCCAAGUGCACCGCCGAGAUGAUCCAGCGCCCGGAAGCAGCGGUUGACGAAGACGCCAUGGCCGACUACGUGGCCCAGUACGACCGAGUGUGCGCGUACAUCGACGCGUCCAGCGCCUCAACCGCGACCGCAUCGUCCCUCACGAGAGAGUUCUCCCGGGCCAUGUUGUCUCGCCAAGCAAGCUUUUCCAAAGGGCUUUCUCGCAGCGGAAGUAACGCGAACAGUGGCGGCGGCUCGACUGCCAUGCUCGCUCAGCGAACGUUGGGACCCAUGCUGUCCCGACAUGGAGAGAGUACCUCGCGGAUUCUUGUGGCUUCCCACAACGCACCGUCCGGUAGUAGCGACGCCGUACCCAACGACAGCGCUGCGAGCAGUCAGUCGAAGGACUUGACCACGUCGUCAUCGUUGAGAAGCCGUGCAUCCCUAUGAAGUUGCCCAAGAAAUAUAAAAUGUGCGAGGUUUUAUGAAAGUGCUCACCACUGUUUUAGUAUCCCACCCGAUGGUCCUGAAGUGGUCACCAAAGGCCAGAUACUGUAAUAUAUUAUUCCACCUCG